AUGGCGAACGAACGCUCCGGAAUCGCCACUGGCUUGAACAAGGGCCGUAAAACCACCGCCAUCGAGAGACGCGCCCGUAUCUCCAGAACCAAGGGAUCCCUCUCCCGCCGCACCGCCUUCGUCCGUGAAAUUGUCAAGGAGGUUUCUGGACUCGCCCCAUAUGAGCGCCGUGUCAUUGAAUUGUUGAGGAACUCCCAGGAUAAGCGUGCCAGGAAGCUCGCUAAGAAGAGACUCGGUACUCUCGGUCGUGCCAAGCGGAAGGUCGACGAUAUGCAGAAGAUCAUCGCUGAGUCGAGGAGAGCUGGUCACUAA